AUGUUUCCCGCAUUGAAAGCCGACGCACACGUGGCUCCUGUGCUCCAGCUGUGCCUUGCUUCCCUGGUGACGCACGCCGAUUUUCUUCGCCAAGGUCUGCUACCGAAGCAUGCUUUGCUUUCUUCCUACAUCUUUCGCGAUUCCAAUGUCAUGGCACGACUCUCCAGCAUGCUGAUUACCGGUUGCAGUACGUGGAUGCGCCCUACUGGUAUACCCCCACACACCAAAUAG